AUGGAACAAACUUAUUCUGACAUUAGUACUGGUAAUAAAAUUGAGGUACACGAAUUCUUGGAGGCUUUGGGAUUAUUAGAUAAUGAAGUCAUACCCAUCAACAUGGAUGAUGAUAACAAUAGCGAAUCUGACAUCGACAAAGAAGAUAGUAAUGAUGAAGAUA